AUGGCUCGGCAAUGGCAGUGCUCUCCAAAAUUGGAUGAAGCCCUGGAAGAGAUGUCCGGAUGGUUCAAGAACGCAGGUGAGGAGCUUGAAGCAAAAGCGGAGGAUGCAUUUGGCCCCGCUGCUAGUUUGCGGCCUCUUGAUUUGAUCAAGAGCCCAAGUGAGGCCCAGCACGGAGACUCUCUGAAGAGUCCGGUCGAAGCCGAAGCGACGGGCGCAGACGUAGCGAGCCACAUCUUCGGCACAGCGAAAGCCGUCUUGGAACAGUCCCGUCAGGAGUUCAUGCAGCUACUCCAAGGCUUGGAUGGCAGCACUCAGACUCAAGCAGAGCAGCAUCCGAGUCAUGCCUCUCCGCUGACAUCCGAGACCAAGUCUCUGCAGCCACCAACGUCACCACCUGAUAGCACAAAGUCUUGUCACGAGGAGGCGCCAGGAGAGCAACCCCUUGUCUCCCCACCCGAGAAGCAUUGGAAGCGCAGUCUGAAGAGCAAGAAGGGACGAGGUUCAGUUGCUGAGUCUCCGUUCAGCCCAGGCUUGGUGAGCCCGUGCAGCUACGCCAGUUGCCUUUACCCCAAGAGGGAGAUUGUGGAAGAGAAGCUCCAAGAGCGCCGCGUGGAGGGCUCGAACGGCUUAUGCAAACAAGUCUCGGACGACACUUUUUUCGUCCGUGCAGACUCGGCGAAGCAGAAGGGCACUAUCACCAUGCCAGGACUUGCGUCCAAGGCCAGCACUCCCUGGCACAAGAAAGACUUGGGGAGGGCGAGCCGGAGUCAAAAGGAAGCGAUGCGUGUGCGAAUCCGCAUAACGCCACAGCAUUUCAGCCCGUUGGGUACAAUGUUUCGCGAUGUUCAGGUGGACUUCUUUCCAAGCAGCUUCACGAUCCGGGCCCUUGACUGCGAAGGGUAUGCAUGGACAGCUUACUCCAAUCAUCUUCCAGGAGACAUCGACACAGACAAGUGUCGCUUCAAAAUUGACCCAAGUGGAAAGGAUGUGAUCAUCAGCCUUCAGAAGGCUGGCAGCCAGUCUUGGCAGGAUUUGACCAGGCUUGAGCUGACUCGCCCGUACCAUCUCUCAAGUCCGGACAGCCUGGGCUGA